AUGGCGGUCGCCAAUCCCGCUCAGCUCUUCGUGGGUCUCACUCUCAGCCCCAUGCCCCAGCGCAUCAAAAUCGGUCUCAACCAUCACAUGUCUUCCCUACUCCACCAGCUCAAAUUUACCAACAUGUCAUCCGGGACGACCAUCCUAUCCACCUGGGUAUUCGCCUGUUGGAUAUUCGACUCCUACACAUCAUACAGCGACCAAGAUGCCCGAACCUGGUGGUACAUACCAAAUCCCAACGUGUCACCCUCGUACGAUGGGGUGCAGCAGCCUUAUCAGAAUAUGUACGGGAUGAACUACCCUCUCUCUGGCUCCCAAGACAUCGAGCGCCUCGGUUCAUCCCAGCACCCCAGCUUACCGUCGCCUCAUACACCAUCGUCUCGGCAGCGAGCGAGCAGCCAAUAUGGACAGAUACAUAGUGAUCAAGCUGCUCAUUCGGAUGCCGCUCCGCCGUUGGCAAGGACUUCUCAACCCCCACCUGUCGCUGCUGCCCCUACAUCUGAACCUGUUCUGCUCGCGGCCUCCGACGCCGAGCGUCAUCCUUCGACUCGCCGACCUUAUCACCCCAAUCCUCCAGAGAAUCGCUCAGAAUGGGUGAUGUGGGUGGGCAACGUCCCUGCUGAUGCGACACACGACGAGCUAUGGCGCUUCUUCAAUCAGCCGCUGCCACAGCCGAACCCCAGUGAGGCGUCCGCGGGGACAGGCGACAUCUCCGGCGUCUCCGGCGUCUCCUCGAUUUUCUUGAUCUCCCGCACGAACUGCGCUUUCGUCAACUUCACGUCUGAACAACACCUCAAUGCAGGCUUUUCUCGCUUUGACGGUCAGACGCUCCGACCUCAGGAUCCUCGCAGCCCUCGCCUCGUUUGUAGGGUUCGUAAGGAGAGCGAUGAUCUUCGGGCGGGUGUGGGAGGACAGCGGGGAAUGGGUUUGCAUACGCAGUGGGUCAAGGACCAGAAGCAGAAAGGGCGAGAGGUUCAAAGACAAGGACAACGAGAGCCAGACGAUCUCGCAGAGUCCACCAGUAGACUCCAGGGCCUUUCGCUCAUGGACGACGAGACGCAGAGCCUUCAUGGCGGUCGGAGGGCUACGGAACACUCGAACAGCUCGGGGUCAUUCGCGAGCACGAGUUCUGGGAUGCUGACACAAUAUUUCCCCCAACGAUAUUUCAUCCUGAAGUCGUUAACACAAUAUGACUUAGACCUCAGCGUUGUUAGAGGUCUUUGGGCGACUCAAAAGCAUAACGAGGGGAUCCUGCAACAAGCGUUCCGAACCAGCAAGGACGUCUAUCUGAUCUUUGGAGUGAACAAGAGCGGGGAGUUUUACGGUUACGCAAAAAUGACAGGACCGAUAUCUUCGGGCGAACAACGCGUUCCGUGGGCUUCGCCUUCCGAUCCUUCUUCUUCGACAUCACCUCAAUUUUCGUCCAUUUCCCUUGGCCAUUCACAUCGAUCUCCGAACCCUCAGCAGCGAGGCGGCGACACGCAUCGCAUAUUUCCUCUUGAUGAGCGACGAUUUGCGGAGGAUUCACCCAUGCCUGUGUCAAGCUCGCAAGACCUUCGGCCCGGAUUCCCGACUCCAGCGAUGACAGGACAAAUUGUGUCCGCUCCCGCUGAGCUGCGUGAGCCUCACCAUAAACUCACCGUUGGUGGGACGCCGUCGGCCAACUUCAGCCUUGACGUACGGAAAGCUAUCCCGCCUCCAAAAGAGUUCGUCCUCGACAGCUCGGCCCCCGUCAGGGCUCUGAAGAACAAGUCGGCGACCGAAUCUGCGUUACGAUCUACCACGGUGCAAAGAGAGCAGUCGGAGCCGCUGUUGGAGCCCUCGACCGCCCUCCGGACAGUGCAGGAAGAAGACGAAAAGCGCAAUGCUCCAUCGCCCACAGUCGAUGGACCGGGAGACGAUAAGCCAGACUUGGAGGUAUGGGGCGAGCCAUUUCGUGUGGAGUGGGUGAAGACGAAUCGGCUGCCGUUCCACCGCACGCGGCACCUGCGUAAUCCUUGGAACCAUGGGCGAGAGGUCAAAGUCUCACGGGAUGGAACUGAGCUGGAGCCCAGCGUUGGGAAGGCGCUCUUGGAAGAAUGGGGGCGCCCACCUUCGCCUUCUGCAACGCCUGCUCCCUCGCGAUCUGGGCACCAGCGCCGCCCGCAGAGGCCGCCAUCCCAACACGCAAUUCCCUAG